AUGGAGAGGAAGCGCAGCCUCUCAGCCUCAUCAACGGACUCGUGGUCCGUCAUAGAUCAUAGAAGAACAUCAUCUUGUGAUGAUACCGCUGAUGAAGCUGAGGAGAGUGUCAGCUUGUAUUUCGAUGAAGCGAUCAUUGCUGAUGAAGCGUUCGCAUCUUCAGAUGAAGACAAUGAAAUCAAUGAAUCGGAUGCUGUCGAGGACUCUGAUAUUGAGCUAGCUGAAGAGAACAUCACUGAUAGUGAUAAUGAAGAUGCUGCUGAUGCUGAUGAUGAUGAUGAUCCUCAAGAUGAAGUAGAGCAAGAAUCAGAGGAAGAGUCUGAAGGUGAUAGAGAAAAUGACUCUGACUGGUCUUCUGAUGAAGAAGAAGUCAUCAAAGAAUCUGUUUGGGUUGAGAGAGAGGAUAUUCGCGAGAGUGGAGGUUUAUACUUCGAAUCUCCUGAGCACAUCAAAUCUAACUUCGACGAAAUUGAUCGUAAGGAGGGUUGGAAACUUGUCUCACGAGUUCUUACAAUCUACUUUUCUAUUAUCGCUGUUUUAUUAGCCGUCGAAGCUGGUUUACAGAUGUAUAAACGAAAUGUGCCUGAACCAGAUUAUCCUGUGUUAAUAGCCGACAUCUACGGUCUGCAGUACCGUGGAGUUGACUUUGACAGUGAUGAUCUGCCAUCAUUCGCUUGCAUCCGUAAUGAUUCACUCUCAACAAAGUAUGAGAAUCGUUUAUUAUCUAUCAAGCCAAUGAAACGAAUGAACUAUCAAAACUCUAGCAUCGAUGCUGUUCAUGAUUCCGAGAUUUAUAACGGCUUCUCCACUUAUUUGUUCAAAUCUUUCUCCCCACGGCGUAAUAGCUCUCGCUUCCAAGUUCUCUCUAGACUGGUACAAAGCAAACCUUUCACUUCUCCUAUUUCUUUCAAAUCUUCUUUAUGUUAUAAAACUUCCAUCGUUCCAAAAGUUUCGAACCAUACGAGGUUCUGCCAUAAAUGGCAGCAAAACUUGGGUAAUGGAAAAGCACUUCUUCCUCAAACACAGUCUGUCGAGCUGCGUCCACAAUUAGUUUCAAGUCAGAAAGCUCCUGUUUAUUCCAAUAUAUGCGUAGGACAGUCGAAUGAACAAAAGCGCAUUUCUCGUCCUAUGUCUGCUAGCUCUUAUAUUCCAUUGGAGAAAAGUGUUUCGCGCAAGUUGAAACGUCAUUCCAUGCCGGCCAAUAGACUCGGACCUAGAGCUCCUGAGCCUGUUUAUAAGAAACAGUCAAAGAUCUUAACAGCUCUACCCUCUAGACGUAUCCGAUUAGCUAAACCAAAUAUUCUGAUUGCUCCACCACGCAAUCGACUCACAUUGCCCAAGCAUUCCAAUCUGUCAAUGACACCAUCACAAACAGUAUUCAGCUCAUCAAGAUCGUAUAUGUUGAAGCAAAACAAUCGCAAAGCUCUGAGAGCCAUUUGUUCAAAGUCUGCUCCUAAGCCAUCACUAGUUAAAUCUCUUCCACCAAUCAAAUACCGAGCUCCCAAACCAGUUCGUUAUUCAGUUGGUCCAGUUACCGAGAAAAGUCUGGUACCCUGUCAUCCACAGAAGUCAUAUCUUCCUGUACACCGUAAAAACAAGUUGAGAUUAUCAAAGCCAUCAUACAUGUCAUCCCAUGAGAGAGCAAGCAAUGCAUUACAUGGAUUAUAUAUAAAUAAAACUUCUCAACGAUCGGAUCAGUGCGACAGCCGAUAUUGGAAUUUGAAGAAACAUCAGCUUGAUAAGAGAAGAGCAAAGGCCAGAAAGGGCAUUGAUCACAAAACACCUACACCAUGUGCUGCCAAAUAUACGAUUGAAUCAUCUGUCGCAGAACGUAAACAGUACCAUCUUUCCGAAAGACGUUCAUAUAGAAACCAAGGAAGUAUCCGUAACUCUUCUUUCGCUAGAAACGGAUGCAGCAAGUCUAAAGCCGUUGUGCCUGCCAAGAAAGCUUUGUUGCCCAAAUGCCGUUCUGAAUCCAAGCCACGUAAAGGAAAGGAAAUCAAGCCUAAAUCUAUGUGCAAACAUCGAGUUAGAUUUGAUUAA